UUCCUUUCCAUCCCCCACUCGUUUCCGUUUGCACCGACGCAGGGAAGAUCCGAAAUCUCUAGGCUUCUCCGUCGCACGUAGCUCCACGCGCCGUUGCAGCAGCCGCCGACGCCAUGGCCAGUCCACCGCCAACGCUUCCGAUCUCCAAUCAGCAAGGUGCUCAGUCCCAGCCGCCGAUUGCCACUCCUGCCUUCCGCAUGUUCAUCUCGCGUCUCUCUUCCUCGAUCCGCGAAGGCUUCUCUCAGCGUCGUCCAUGGUCGGAGGUUGUCGACAGGAGCUCCUUUUCCCGGCCGGACUCUCUCUCCGAUGCCUUCUCACGGAUCAGGAAGAAUUUGCCCUACUUCAAGGUUAACUAUGUCGCGACCGUUUCGUUGGUGCUGGCCUUGUCCCUUCUCACUCACCCUUUCUCUCUCCUCGUCCUCCUCGGACUCCUCGGUGCGUGGAUGUUCCUCUACCUGUUCCGACCGUCGGAUCAGCCGCUGGUUAUCUUCGGGCGCACUUUCUCCGACCGCGAGACACUGCUCGCCCUUGUCGUGACGACGAUCGUCGUCGUGUUCAUGACGAGUGUUGGAUCUCUGUUGACGUCUGCUCUGAUGAUUGGUGUCGGCAUCGUUUGCGUGCACGGUGCGUUUAAGGUUCCGGAUGAUCUGUUCCUGGACGAUCAAGAGCCUGCCAGUACUGGAUUGCUCUCAUUCCUCGGCGGAUCCGCUACUUCGGCUGCUUCUGCUGUCGCAGGGCGAGUAUAAGGGCUGGAUUUACUUGGAUCUGGACCGUGCACCUGCUUUUGAGAUGAGUAUACUCCUUCUUAUCCACUCGUGAUUGUACUUUUGGACUGCGUUUAGGGUUUGGGUUGGUCCUGUUCAAUGUAGAUUUGUGAUGGAGCUCUACAGAUCUACAAUCGAGAAGCUGUUAAUUUCUGCUUGGAAUGUUGUACUCUAUUCAAUGAUUCAAAAUUUAUUGCCUUUUCUUCAGAUUCAGAGAUUGGGGAUUGCUCUUUUGUAA